AGCUCCUUGGAAAGCAAUGUCUUCCAGGAAAAUGGCGCCACUCUCUCUGGCCUUCAUCCUCCUUGGCCUCUUCCAUCCCAUGCCCUGUGAACAGCAUGCAGGGCCCAACUCCAGCAACUCCUCAAUCUUGCCCAUGAGUGCUGACCUGACCCAUUUCCACGAGGUGUUUUCUCAGGAAAUGUUGAGGAUUAUGUUAGAAGAGAACCCAGAAAGUAAUUUUGUCUUCUCCCCCAUAAGCAUCUCCACUGCUCUGAUCUUGAUUGCCAGGGGGACCAGAUCCAACACAUUCUUCAACCUGUUGGAUGCCCUCGGCUAUGAUCUCAAAGUUGCAGACCCUGACAUUGUAGAGAAGUUCCUCCUGGGUGUCCUCCAGAAGCUGAAUGGGAUGCAGAAAAAGAAAUUUCUGAGACACAGAAACUUCCUCUUUAUCAACAGCCACAGGACAAUCGAGCCAGCAUUUAUGAAGGACAUGUAUACCUAUAAUGCAAAGGUCCACAAAAUUGACUUCCAAGACACAGGAAAGGCCACAGUGGACAUGAAGGAGGUUGUGCCUGAAAAAAUCAAGGAGAGAUUCCACGACAUAAUCACCCCUGUGGACCCUAAAACAUUCAUGUUGCUUGUAAAUUACAUUUUCUUCAGACACAGAAAUUUUUGCAAUAGUUCCCAUUUUGGAUCUUCUUCAUCUCCGCAUUUCCUCAAUGAGUUUCAGAAAGAAGGCAGUUGUAAUGGAAAUUUCCACACUGACAUCACGCAGAAAGAGACCUUCUUUGUGAACAAGUUCAAGAGCGUGCAUGUGGAGAUGAUGAUGAAGACAGAUCGAAUGAUUUACAGCAGAUGGGAUGAGCUGUUGGCCACAACGGUUGAGUUGCCUUAUAAUGAGCAUCUGUCUCUAGUUCUCGUGCUCCCAGAUGAAGGGGAAUUCUCUGCUACUCAAAGUAGGAUGGAUUUUAAGCGAGAUAGACUUUCCCACCACAGGGACACAAGACUGGUGAGCUUAAUGAUUCCCAAGUUCAAGGUCUCCUACAAGAUCAAUCUUAGACAUCUGCUUCCCAAACUGGGCAUCAAAGAUAUGUUUUCUACAACAGCAAACUUCUCCUACAUCACAAAAGAUGUUUUCCCAGUGUAUUUUGAGGGCACACAUGCAGCUUCAAUAGAAAUGAACCAAAAUAACACGAUGACUCCCAGGGACUUGGCCAGGGACAGGAAGAAGCGAGACAUCCAGGAAAGAGACUCAAUUGAAGCUACAGUUGUGAAAGUCAACAGGCCCUUCUUUCUGUUUGUGAUGGAUUGUAAGAACGAAACAGAGAUAAUGGUGGCCCGAGUCUUCAACCCCACUGAUGAGUAGAGGCCUGGCCAGGUGGCCUACCGUUGGUCCUUAACAUGCCCUGAGUGAAGAAAAUAAAGUCCAUGUAGU